CGGCUGUCGCCUCUGCGCCCACCGCUGGCUUCUGCGGCGCAGCGAGGGACGGUCCUGCUGCUGCUGCGUCGCGAACUCCGGCUGCUCCCCUCCAUGUGGCCCGGAGCCGCCGCUCCCCUUCCUCAGGCCGCCGCUUCCUCCGGGGUCUAUGGAAGUAAUGGAAGGACCGCUCAACCUGGCUCAUCAACAGAGCAGAAGAGCAGACCGCUUAUUAGCUACAGGGAAAUACGAAGAGGCUAUUUCUUGUCACAAAAAAGCUGCUGCAUAUCUUUCUGAAGCCAUGACGUUGACACAGUCUGAGCAGGCCCAUUUAUCACUGGAAUUGCAAAGGGACAGCCACAUGAAACAGCUCCUGCUCAUCCAGGAGAGGUGGAAGAGGGCGAAGCGUGAGGAAAGAUUGAAAGCCCAGCAGAACCCAGACAAGGAUGUAGCCACCCACCUUCAGGCAUCUCACAAGCCCUCUGUUGAGGAUACGGAGGGCCAGAGCCCACUUCUUUCUCAGAAGUACAGCCCGUCCACAGAGAGACACCUGCCUGAAGUUCAGGGGCUCUUUGACAGGGAUCCAGACACACUACUGUUUUUACUUCAACAGAAGAGUGAGCCAGCAGAGCCAUAUAUCGGAAGCAAAGCCCCAAAAGAUGAUAAAACAAUUAUAGAGGAGCAGGCAACCAAAAUUGCUGAUUUGAAGAGGCAUGUGGAAUUUCUUGUGGCUGAGAACGAACGAUUGAGGAAAGAAAAUAAACAACUGAAAGCAGAAAAGGCCAGACUUCUAAAAGGUCCGAUGGAAAAGGAGCUGGAUGUAGAUACUGAUUUUGUAGAAAAAUCAGAGUUAUGGAGCUUGCCACCACAUUCAGAAACCGCUACAGCCUCUUCUACCUGGCAGAAGUUUGCAACAAAUACUGGGAAAGCCAAGGACAUUCCAAUUCCCAAUCUCCCUCCCUUGGAUUUUCCAUCUCCAGAACUUCCCCUCAUGGAGCUCUCUGAGGAUAUCCUGAAAGGACUUAUGAAUAACUAAAAUGGACGGCCAUAGAAGAACGAGUAAUCCAGAGAAAGAACAAAAGGGAAAACCACGUGCCAGAGUGACCCUAGAGCUGCAGCACCAUCUGGCACAUACUGUAGCAGAGGCAUUGCCAGGACCUUGGGAGACAGUCACUGUGAAAUAUGUUACAUAUCUGAUGGACUGAUUCGAGGUAAUGAUUCCGGACGUGGCAGGCACUAAACUUUUGGAGACUCACUUUCUCCUGCUACAAACCAAAUGGCUACCUGGAAUUAAUUUUUUCAGACAACAGUUACUUUUCUUAUGAGCAGGGUUAAAAUGUAUAAAAAUAUGUUAUGUGUAAUUAAUCUAUAAUGCCAUAAAUGAUAAUGCAAACCUAAAUAAUAUGAUAGCCUGAGGGGCUGCCUUGUAUUCGAAACAUUCUAUCAUGCAUUGACGGUAUGCAUUUGUUCUGCACAUUUUGUUUGUUUAAAUGAGGUGUGAGAUACAUACCUUUCUAGAUGAAGCUAUAUGUGCCACACUUUGCACUACUCAUGAUGAUAACCUCAAGACUAUCAGGAGAAAUAUGGAAAUUUCAAUUCUAUGAAGAACAGAACCAAAUUAUUAGUUACACUUUAAAAAAAAAAAUACCAGUUUACAUAAUUAAUCAGGGUGCAGUUUAAGUUCUAACUUUUGUUUAUUGUAUAAUGCAUCACUUGAAAAUUCCAAGGAAAUCGCCUUUUGUUUUUAAUGAUGCAUGAAUGGAAGUAAUGCUAGUUGGCAGUAUUUGGUUAUAAGAAAAUCAAUAAAGUAAUUGUGUUUUAUAUCCUUGUUGAAUGUGGUUGGUAGUUAAGAGGCAAGUUUUGUAUGACCUCUGCGUGCUGUGAAGUUUGGAUGUGAGUUUGCACAGAUGCAGUGGAACGAUUAAUUUUGUGUGGUAGCUCUCUUCAUUGAUUUGCUUUCCGUUUCUCUGACAGUGAGGGAAAUAGGAAACAGACAUUCUUGAGGUUCGAAUGUGUUCCCAAUGCUCAGGGCUACUCCAGGAUGGAGGGUGCUGUUCCUCAGGUACCAGCCAUCCCAGUAGAGCCCAGUGGCUGGGAACAUUCUCCCUACAGAGUCUGAGGAUGUUCCAGGACAGGGAAGGGUAGGAGGCGGAGGAGGACGUAAGCACAUCUGGGCACAAGCCAUUGGGUAUAUUUAAAGCAUAGACUCAGCUUACUGUGCGGAAUCAAGGACAGUUGGUGGGUUCAGGGGAGUAGGUUGGGCUCAUGUGCUUAAGUGAUGAAACUAAAGGAAGUGGGAUCGGAUGAUGUCAGCCAUUCAGAGGUCAUUUCUUUGCUGUCUCAUCUUGGUAACGGUGAAACCAAAACCAAACUAGAUUUUAAAAUAACUUGAAAAGUUCAGUUCUGUUAAAAGUUCAAUGUUAAUUUGUCCAUCUCAGUGUUACAUUAUCGUAGACUCUGAGGAAUGUUGCUUGCCUAAUCUUACAAACUUGAGAUUGUUUGUGCCAAAAAUAAACUAUUUUACUAGUUUAA